AUGUAGGAAGGAGGCCACCCUUCUGCUGACUGGCCUUGCUGAUAAGUAAAAAUAAGAGGCUGCAUCCCACAAACUCCAUUUUGGGUUUGCAUUUUCUCAGGGAAGCACCUUCUGCACUUGUUCCUCUUCCUGCACAUGAAAAUGCCAGCAACCAUGUUGAGGAUUUUGGCUACUCUGGCAGCAGUUCUAGGUCUUGUGAAGGGUGUGACUGUGACCAUCCCAGAGAAGUCUGUGAACACAACAGUUGGCGCAAACAUCACUCUUCCCUGCACCUAUCAAACAGCAUCUGCACCAGCGAUGAUUCAGUGGAGUUUUUAUAGUGCCAAGUACCAGCAAUCCAGUGCAAUUUAUCUUUGGCAGCUUGGCAAAGCCUAUUACUUGGGACAGUUUAAAGGCCGAAUACAAGUGGCAAACAACAUGGGAAAUGCAACUCUUUCAAUCGCCAACAUGCAGCCUUCAGACACAGGUGUUUAUAGGUGUCUGGUUUUCAAUCCCAAUGACACCAACCCCGAAGCUGAAAAAUCAGUGUCUGUCAGUGUGCUAGUUCCUCCUUCAAAGCCCCUCUGUAGUUUCGGUUCAGGCCAUCAUCCUGAUGUUGAAAUCGGCCACUUGAUCACUUUAUUCUGCAUUUCCAAACUUGGUCUGCCACUUCCAACCUACAAAUGGUACAAACUAAAUGGAGACGAAGUGAAGCCCGUAACUGAGUUAUAUGACCCUUAUGCGGGACGCUUGGUUCUGGGCAACCUGACCCGGUUUGAAGAAGGCCAUUACCAGUGUACAGCUGCAAACCCACUUGGGAACAGCUCCUGUCACAUCGACCUCACUACAAAACAUUCAGAAAGUGGCAUUAUUGUGGGAGCGUUAAUUGCUGCAAUUUUGGCCGCAGCCUUGAUUUGUGUCCUUGGCUGGAUUCUGAUCUCCAAAGAGAAGAAAAAGAGAAAACAGAAACCUGUACUCAAGGAAAUGCAGACCAUGUCUACCAAGGCGGAAUAUGCUACAGUGCCCAGCCAGACCAGCGUUCCUGUGGCUGCGGUCCCACCAAGCCAGGAACCCAAUGAGAUCGGUGAACAUGGUGGCCCUGAAGAGGCCCAAGUUGCCAUAAUGCCUGAGACACAAGAAAUGGGCCAUUAA